AUGUAUCAGACCGGCUUCUUCUCGGCCGUGUACCUCUUCCUGAUGGUGGCCGGGUCCUGGGCGGCCACGGUGACGUACGAUUGGGACAUCACCUGGGUGUAUGCCGCGCCGGAUGGCUAUGGCCGCCCAGUCAUCGGGAUCAAUGGCGCGUGGCCGUGUCCCAAGAUCGAGGCCGAGGUGGGCGACACCGUUGUAGUGAACGUGAACAACCAGCUGGGCAACCAGACGACCGGCAUCCACUUUCACGGCAUCAGCCAGGCCAAGUCGACCUGGAUGGACGGGCCCAGUGCUGUCGACCAGUGUCCGGUGCCGCCUGGUUCCUCGAUCACGUACAGUUUCCUGGCCGACGAGCCCGGCACAUUCUGGUACCACUCGCACAACCUCGGCCAGUACCCGGACGGACUGCGAGGCCCGAUGAUCGUUCACGACCCCAACGACCCGUACGCAGGCCAGUACGACGAGGAGGUCAUCCUGACAGUCUCGGACUGGUACCACACCCAGAGCCUGUAUCUGGUGCAGGACAUGCUCGUGACGUCCAACACGCAGUUCUUGCCGCCCUUCCCCGAUAACAUCCUCGUCAACGAGGGCCAGGGUGCCAAGAUCGACUUUGAGGUCAACAAGACGUACCGCUUCCGCAUCAUCUGCUACUCGGCCUUUGCCUCGGCCAUGCUGCACUUUGACUCGCACACGAUGCAGGUGAUCAUGAACGACGCUUCGUACGUGACCCAGAAGCAGGCCUACCAGCUACGCAUCAGCCCGGCCCAGCGCUACGACGUGCUGAUCUCAGGCAUCUCACGUGACCACCGCAACUAUCCCUUCCUCCUGUCGCUCGACAUCAACCGCGACUAUGCCGUCGAUGCGGCCUCGGGCAUCGUGUGGCCGCACAACUACACCGGCCAGCUCGUCAUGAAGCCCAACGGCACCUUUUCUGACGACGUCGUCGCCAAGUGGCAGCCCGUCGACGAUGCCCACUUCCAGCCCUACGACAGCCUCGCGGCCUAUAGUCCGGUCACCACGACCAUCACGCUCGACUUCAGCUUCUGCGACGACGUCAACGGCUAUCCGCGUGCCUGCUUCAACAACAAGACGUACAUCGACCAGACCGUGCCCACGCUCUACACCGCCGCCACUGUUGGCGAUAACAACACGAACCCCCUCGUCUAUGGCGCCGUCCAGCCCUACAUUGUCGAUGACGGCGAGGUCGUCGAGCUGGUCGUCAACAACCAGGACGCCGCCAUCCACCCCUUCCACCUGCACGGCCACCAGUUCCAAGUGCUCGACCGGCCCUCCAGCAACACCGGCCUCUGGUCCGGCAGCAGUCGCACCUUUCCGGCUACGCCGCCUCGUCGUGACACCAUCGCCGUCAACGGCAACUCCUAUGUCGUCAUCCGCUUCAAGGUUCAGAACCCCGGCGUCUUCCUCUUCCACUGCCACAUCGAGUGGCAUGUCGAGAUGGGCCUUACCGUCACCAUCAUCCAGGAGCCCGACCAGCUCAAGGGCCUCACCUUCCCCGACGACCACAUUGCCAACUGCAAGAAGAUGGGCAUUCCUUAUCAGGGAAAUGCUAUCGGCAACACCGUGGACCCCCUGAACACUACCGGCUUCCAGACCGUGCCCUCCACGUCGUAUCUUGGGUGCGUUGUCCCCUCUCUUGUUCUCUCUCCCUGGCCGCUGACCUUUCCCCAGUGCGAUGUACGUAUCAACAACGUCAACGUCUGA